CAAAAAAAAACACCCCCACACCCCCAGUACGGACCCUGGUAUGCGCUGCCUUGUUACACCUCCCCAACCCUUGUGUCAAGGGCCUAGGUCGCUUCGAAAAGGAGACUCCUCACAAUCCAUCCUCUCGCUCGUUGCCGCGUCCCUUCCGCCGCCCCAUCCCAACCUCUCCCUCGCACACCAACGUCCUCGUUGUCGAAGAAGAAAAAAGGAGGCCUGCCAUCGCCAACUCUUUCACGACAACCGCCAAGGGAGAGACUCGAUACCCAUCGCGUCGUCGACAAACAUCUCGUCACAAUGAAUCCUGUGAAUCGCCCCCAGGAGACGGCGACGGUGACGCGGAUGACGGCCGAGGGCCGUCAUCUCAGUUACGAACUCAAGGUCAUCCAGCAGCCGGAGCGCGCGAGAGCAUGUGGUUCGGGAGCCAAAUCUUCUGCCGACCGAAGACCGGUUGACCCACCGCCCGUGGUAGAGCUGAGGAUAUUUGAGAUUGACGCACAGAACAUCAAGAGCGACAUCACCUUCUCCUACAUGGCCAACUUCUUCGUCUUCGCCACGCUCGAGACCGCGCGUCCCAUCAUCCACGGCCGUGUCCACCAGACCGCCCAGCAGAUCCCCGUCCUCACCGGCAUGCCCGUGUCGGGCAUGGCAUAUCUCGACCGCCCAACCGAGGCUGGCUACUUCAUCUUCCCCGACCUGUCGGUCCGCCACGAGGGAAAGUACCGCCUGAGCUUCAACCUGUACGAGGAGACCAAGGAGGACAAGGACAAGGAUGGUGAGUCGGCCGCACCUGCGAUCAAGCAGAACCCCGACGAGCCGACGGGUUCCUUCGAUUGGAGGCUCGAGAUCAAGUCCGAGGCCUUCACCGUUUUCAGCGCGAAGAAGUUCCCCGGCCUGGCAGAGAGCACCAGCCUGAGCAGGACCGUGGCGGAGCAGGGCUGCCGCGUGCGCAUCCGUCGUGAUGUGCGCAUGAGGAGGCGCGAGGGCAAGGCCGCUGAUGACUACGAGGAGCGCGCAGACAACAACGGGUAUCGCCGAAGCACAGGGAGUGCCACCCCGGUCGAGCCGUAUAGCCGCCAGCGGUCAUUGAGCAAUAGCAACGGCGAGAUCAAGCCCGAGUACGCGCACCGUCGCCCCUCGGCCGACGCCUACCCACCACACCCAUCAUAUCCAGCACCAUAUAAUCACGGUCCGGCAUCCACACCGCAGCAAGGAGGAUCCUACCUGGAAUUUGGCCCGCAUUCCGCGCAACAACCACAAUUCCAGACCCCUCAGUUCACCCAGCCUGCUCCUCCCCCACCCGCCCAGCCCCAACAAGCACAUCAAUCCGCUCCAUCGCCAUAUCACCAAGCACCACAGUACCCGCCCCAACAAUCACCAGGCGGCUACAGUUACCCAGAGAGGCCGCAGUACGGCCAAUACCAAGCCCCGAGAGAUUACGAUGCCGAAUACAGACGGCAAUCCCUCACCAGCGCACCUCUCCCACAACCACAAUACCCCCGCGACGAACAAGACUCGAAUCACGCCUCCUCUUACGCACCCUACCAAUCCCGCCCCCAGCCACCAGUCCUCGCACCAAUCAAUAUCUCCACCACCCCCGCUUACGAACCCAAGCACGAGCCCGCAUCCCCCCCAUCCCCUCUCUCCCCUCCCACCACCUCUCACUGA